AUGGGCGGAAAACUUUCACUGUUCUGGAAAAUGCCUGAUGAAAAGGAGAGCGAAGGCAAACUGAUCUUACCCAGGCAGCUGGAUGCUGAAGAUGAAAUCGCCAGUUACGCCAGUAUCAAUGACUCUGCUGCGUCCUAUGUGGUGGGCGUUGCACGUCGAAGCUACGUCAACUGCCCAACGUGUCAGGGAACAGGAAGGAUCCCUGGGGAGCAAGAGAAGCAGCUGGUGGCUCUGAUUCCAUAUGGUGACCAGAGGCUGAAACCUAGACGAACGAAACUCUAUGUAUGUCUUGCUGUGAUAAUCUGCCUGCUGACAACAUCUCUCAGUAUUUUCUUCCUGUUUCCUCGUUCCAUUACUGUGCUGCCUGCAGGACUGAAUGCCUCUGCCGUUGGCUUUGGUGCCACCACCACUAGUAUAGACCUCAACAUGACGAAUGUGCUGAACAUAACUAAUAACAACUUCUACCUGGUCACUGUUGUGCAGCUAGACAUAGAGGUUUUGCACCAGUCUCUAGUAGUAGGGAAGACCACCAUGAAAACCCUGCUAAAUAUGAGUCCUUUGCAGAGCAGCCAGAUCUAUUAUAUGGUGGCCAGUAGGAUAUUGGACGAAAACACCUAUAACAUUUGCACCUGGACAAAAGUCAAAGUUCACAAUGUUCUGCUGCAUAUCCAGGGGACCCUGACCUGCACAUACCUGUGUCAUUCAGAGCAGCUGGCUUUUGAAGACUACCAGUAUGUGGACUGCCGGGGGAAUGCCACGCUACCCCACCCAUUGUACCACCAGCCGCCGUAA